CGUGAAUGGAAUAUUAGCGUCAACAUGCGCGUUUCAGUCUCAACCGUUCUCAAUCGAGCAGCAGCGCGACUAGGACAUCAAAGAAGGCAAGGCACUGUCACAAGCAGGCCACUGAUAUGGUCACUGCCGAAGUUCUAGCCCGAUCGAACCUGGCCAGCCACGUAGUCAGAGCAGUUCGCCAGCUUUGGUACAAUGGCCUGGAGAAGCAUACAGUCAAUGGGGUUGCCAAACUCGGAGUAUGUGUCAGUGGAGGGCCGGACUCUAUGGCUUUGGCCGCCCUACUCAAACGUGUGCCUGAGCUCGAUCAUGAGUUGAAAAUCGAGCCUGUCGCAUUUAUUAUCAAUCACAAUGCACGACCUGAAAGUGGCGCCGAAGCGGCAUCGGUGAACCGGAAUCUAUUGGACUAUGGCAUCAAAAGUCAGACACUGCACAUGCAGUGGCCAGAUGUCGCGGAACCUCUGGCAUUGCCCAAUUUUGAGGCUGUAGCACGCUACAAACGCUAUCGUAUGUUUGCUAGGGCAGCCCUGGAUGCCAACAUCCGACAUCUAUUCCUCGGUCAUCACCAAGAUGAUCAGGUUGAAACUAUUAUGAUGCGACUUUUGAAGACCCAAACACGUUCUUUCCUCAGCCUUCAAGGUAUCUAUGCUCAGGGAGCCAUUCCUUGCUGCGAGGAUAUUCCUGGCGUUACAGGGUUGCACCCCGAUGCUUACUGGCCUGAACCAAGUCCUACCUCACCAUCACAGGACGGUGCCAAAGAGGCUGGGUAUGGUGACGAACCCAGAUCUCCUGGCAUCCAAAUCCAUCGACCCCUUCUGGACUACCCAAAGUCUGAACUUAUUGAUACCUGCACUACGCUUGGGAUCCGCUACGUUACAGACCCCUCGAAUUUCGACCCGAAGAUCACAAUGCGGAAUGCGAUUCGCCAUCUGCGAAGCAAGUAUCGACUUCCUCGUGCCCUCCAAGCACCCUCGAUCCUACAAUUGUUGAAAUCUUCUCGCGAAUCCAUGGCUGACCUAAACCGCCGAGGUGGCAAGUGUCUUCAGAAGGCCAGAGUCGUGCACUUUGAUCCGCGCGUCGGUUUCAUGCAAGUUUAUUUUGAACCAGCCUUCCGAAAAACCUGCAGAAAGGAUCCUGAGGCUGCAGCAUAUGCUCUGGCGAAGCUGACCGCCGUAGUCAGCCCACAGUCUCGUGAUGUCGUUCCCACUGUUGUCCCAGAAGACCGUUUGAAAGAGUUCCAGGCGAUUUUGAUCUCCCCAAACAAUCAUGGUUCGGUGACAAUGCAACAAGUGUGGCUUGAGAAAUUGGCCAUUUCGCCUUAUGAGAAUCAAACAGGCAGUUUGUGGCAGCUCUCAAGACCACCACUCCGCAAACCGGAAAUCGUGGCGACAACUGCAUCCUUCCAACCCUUGUCCAAGAUUCAAAACGGAAAUUAUAUUUCUCAUUGGCUGUUAUGGGACCGGCGGUUUUGGAUCAGGGUCAAAGCGAAGACGUCGCACGACAUCGAGAAAACCACGGUUGAGACAUUCGGGCCAAGUCGCCUGGCAGAUAUCAAACGUCUCGUCUCAAAAGCCCGGUCCUUGGAGUUGAGCGAAACUCUGUCGAAUUCAGCGCCAGACAAGCUCAGGUACACGAUACCGGUAUUGUUGUAUGAUGGGCAGCUUUUAUCCUUGCCUACGCUUGAUUUUGCGAUCCGCCGCUCUGCUGAGCGUUCGCCGAUUGUGGGUUGGGAGUCUUACUUCAAGGAGAUUCCGCAGGCGCUACUUUGACCACAGCGUCGACGAACGACACUGAAACUUGGCGAUGGGGAGUUCUUUGUUGAAUGUGGCAGCGAGCGACCUUGGAGGAUUGUGGUGGAAAAACAAUUACCAGUGGACCGAUGUGUGCUUCUUCAGCUGAAGAGUUUCACUCCACCUCCACGAAUACGCUGCACCAUGUUGUCCACAAAUCGUUGGAUGAUCUGACCCUUUUUACUCGCCGCAAGAAGCUUGUAAAGCAGAUGGGUUUCGACCGGGAUAGUGCCGUCAUCGACCUCGUCCAAAUACAAGAUGAUGAUAAUGGAUGGAAAUAUAGCACCGUGGACACCAAAUGAGCCGACCGCUGGUUUCAGAAACGUCGGGAUCAACUCGAGGAGCCUCGACAAUAUAUUCUUGGAAUGCCGACGUAGUCCCGAUAUGACCUGCGCCGAGGACAGACUCUCAGGCACCUAAGUCUGUGGCAUCUCAUCAGUAUUUCCUGCACUACUGGUAUUGGUGCAGUUGAGCCUCACGAUAGUUUCAUAGUAAGCUCAACGCCUCUCAAAAUGACUAAGAAUGUCUCC